GUGACACCGAAACCUCCAUCCCCUCCGCGCACCCGACCUCAUCUGGUCACGCUCCUCGAUCUCUCAUGGCGACGGCGGCUGCGAGUCGGCCCAGCGGGCCUGUGCUCUCGACACCCAACUGCCGCUCCGCCUCACCCAGCCCCGUCAAGCUCGCCGGCGGCGGCGCCACCCACUCGCCGGGCAAGCCCGUCAGCGGCUCGUCCCCGUCCUCUACCAGGAGCCGGCGCUUCUGCACGUGCUCACCGACGAACCACCCGGGCUCGUUCCGGUGCAGCCUCCACAAGGCGCGCAAGCAGGCGGCCGCCGCCGGCAGCAGCAAGCCCGGCUCCCCGCCGUCCAGCCGCGGUCUGGGCUUGAAGCGAAUGAACAGCCGGCAGUGCGCCAGCAGGGCCCUCAGGCCGUCCCCCGCGGCGCAGCAGUCGCAGCACCUGAGGCGCGCGGGCGGGUUCCUCCCAAGGACGAGCAGGCUCUCCGCCAUGUCCACGGCCGGCGAGCGUCCCGGCGACAAGCUGUACUUUAUCAGUUUGGUUGUGAAAGUUAGUGUAGAUUUUCUUGUUUGGUUGUGGAACCUCGCACGGGGAAUUUAA